GAGAGAGAGAGAGAGAGAGAGAGAUAAGAAACCUGUAGGAUAAAGGUGAGGUUUCAUAUAGACAUAAAGGGUAGCACAGUUUCACUCAACAGACCACAGAACAGCAGUACAACGAAUGAUGAAGGUCCUCAUAUUGUCUAUUGUUCUUGUGCUGGUUGUGACAGGCAGCAUGGCCCUGGAUUGCCAUUACUGUGUCCCAGCUAAAGCAGGAGGAGCCUGUGAGGUCACCGCAGUAACCUGCCCACCGGAGAAAGACGCAUGUGCUGCUGCCAAGUUCCGCAGACAUCCAUUCGGACAUUACCAAAAGUGCAUGGCCAUGUCAGACUGUGAGAUGGUGAAACAGAAUGCUUACAUCAACAUCAAGUGCUGCCAGAAAGACUUUUGCAACACCUUUGAUUGAUCUAUGCAAACAAUGGCCUCUACCUGAAUUGUUACACAUUAAUUAAACAAUUCUGUUUUGUUAUAGUUAUGAAAAAUAAAAUAAUAAAAUAGAACACAUUA